AUGGCGAAAUCACCGGAGACAGAGCACCCACAGAAGGCAUUUGGCUGGGCCGCCAGAGACAGCUCCGGCGUCCUCUCGCCCUUCAAUUUCUCCCGCAGGGAAAAUGGAGAUGAAGAUGUGACCAUAAAGAUCCAUUUCUGUGGGAUCUGCCACUCUGACUUGCAUGCCAUCAAGAAUGAGUGGGGCUUUGCUCAUUACCCCAUGGUUCCAGGGCACGAGAUCGUUGGCAUUGUGAUGAAAUCCGGUAAAAAUGUUGAGAAGUUCAGAGAGGGGGAUCGAGUGGGAGUUGGAGUGAUGGUGGGAUCAUGCAUGUCAUGCGAUUACUGCAACCAGGACCUGGAGAACUACUGCCCAAAAAUGAUAUUCACCUACAACUCCGUCUACCAUGAUGGAACUGCAAACUAUGGUGGAUAUUCUGAUAUGAUCGUCGUUGAUCAGCACUUCGUGGUCCGGUUUCCUGACACCAUGCCAUUCGAUGCUGGGGCUCCAUUGCUGUGUGCUGGAGUGACUGUGUACAGCCCCAUGAAGUACUAUGGAAUGACUGAGCCAGGGAAGCACUUGGGAAUUGUUGGGCUCGGUGGGCUUGGACAUGUUGCUGUGAAGAUUGCUAAAGCUUUUGGGUUGAAAGUUACUGUGAUUAGUCACUCGCCGGGGAAGGAGACUGAGGCUGUUGAUAGGUUGGGAGCUGAUGGGUUCCUUGUCAGCAGUGAUCCUCUAAAAAUCAAGGCUGCUUUUGGUAGCAUGGAUUACAUAAUCGACACAGUCUCAUCAGUUCAUGCGCUGACACCACUCCUAGCCCUUCUGAAGCCUAAUGGGAAGCUGAUCACUCUAGGCUUGCCUGACAAGCCCCUUGAGCUUCCCAUGUUCCCUCUAGUUUUAGGUCGAAAGCUGGUGGGAGGAAGCGACAUAGGAGGGAUGAAGGAGACGCAAGAGAUGCUCGACUUUUGCGCGAAGCACAGCAUCACAGCAGAUGUCGAGGUGAUCUCCAUGGAUCAAGUCAAUGUCGCCAUGGCGAGGCUUGCCAAGUCGGAUGUCAGAUACCGAUUUGUAAUCGAUGUUGCCAACUCCUUGUCGAAAUGA